AUGAUUGUGCCAAUCGAAGGAUCAUACUUUUCAAAUGCAGUUAAUUAUGGUUCAACAACUGUCGGCGCUAGUGAAACAACCACCAUCAUCCCCAACAUGAACUUUACAAAUGAUGAACUUUGUUCGAUUCUUAACUCUAAUAUCAGUGAUUUAAAUUCAGCCGGCAUUGAUGUAGAAGCGUUAAAUUGUACCACACUUAAACAUGCACCACAAUUGACUGACAAAAUACUCGCAAAAGUGAUAAUACUUAUGGUUAUGGGUCUGAUAUCGUUGAUAGGAAACAUCGCCACUAUUUGGAAUAUUCAAAAGAAUCGAGCAUCACGUAGAGCAUUGAGACAUAGUUGUAGUGCAAUCUACAUUCUAAUUCUCCACUUGUCAGUUGCUGAUAUCCUUGUAACGUUCUUUUGCAUUAUUGGAGAUGCUUUGUGGAGUUAUACAGUGCAAUGGAUAGCAGGAGACGUCGCGUGUAAACUUGUGAAGAUAUUCCAAAUGUUUGCGCUAUAUCUUUCAACAAAUGUCUUGGUGCUGAUUGGAAUCGAUCGUUGGGUAGCUGUGAAAUAUCCAAUGAAAGCAAAGUUUUUUAACACUUCGAGAUUCUUGUUUCUCGUAUAUGUAAUUUCAUUCGUGUUAAGUUUACCUCAGGGAAUAAUUUUCCGUGUUGCUCGUGGACCUUUCAUCGAAGAAUUUUAUCAAUGUGUAACCUUUGGAUUUUACACGGCUUUAUGGCAGGAGCAACUAUACACAAGCUUCACGUUAGUCUUCAUGUUCAUCAUUCCACUUUUAAUCUUAGUAUCGAGUUACUUAUCAACAUUCCGUACAAUUUCAAGUAGUGAACGAAUAUUCAAGCUUGAAGCUACGAUGAAUUCGGAUCAUAUUAGGCGUAGUGACUCGAACAGACAGAAACUUAUACACAAAGCUAAGAUGAAAUCAUUAAGAAUUUCUGUUGUAAUUGUCGCAGCUUUCAUUAUAUGUUGGACACCGUACUAUGCUAUGAUGUUAAUAUUUAUGUUCAUGAAUCCAGACGAAAGGCUUAGCGAAGAUUUACAGUCGGGAAUAUUUUUCUUUGGCAUGUCAAACUCUCUUAUAAAUCCUUUAAUUUAUGGCGCCUUUCAAUAUCAGCCGAUAAAAAAACGAAGACAAUACUUAAAAAAGAGAGAUGGUUCAACUUUACAUCGAAGUCUAUCAACAAAUGCAACAACAUGUCGAAAUUUGAACAACUGGAACAUGGUGCACAAGAAUUCAAUUCCUUCCCAUCACGAGUCGUUAGAAAGCCCUAAAGUUCAAAAUAUGGAAGAAAUCUCACUGAUGUCACUAGAAAAAGAUCUCAAAACAUUAGAAGAACAGAACAAUAAUUAUUUGAGAAGAAAAAGUUCACCUCUUGGCGAACAGUUCACGAGAUUUUUUCAAAAACGUCCAACAUACUUUAGAAAAUAA